AUGACUGAUAAAGAUCUAAAAACUCAGGAAGAAUUUUCCAUUUCACAAAAUGCCGCCAAAACACAAGAUUGUCAACAUUUAACAUCGUUGUCGAUUGUUAAAUUUGACGGAACGAUGGAAGAUAUCGAAUUGAUUCUCUCAUUAACACCAUCGCUGACUCGUCUUAGAUUAAUAUCAUGUCGAAAGAAAUUCGAUUCGACAUUUGAUGGCUCGACCUGGGAACGAACCAUCGGAAGCAAGCUUCCUCUAUUGAAAAACUUCGAACUCUUCCUCAGUCAUGAAUUCUGGCGAGACACACUCAAAGUUCUAGAACUUGGAUCGUGUAAAACCGGACAUAAAGGUGCUAUGCAUCUGGCUUGUCUUCUACGUACAAAUCAGACGUUGACACACUUGGAUUUGAAAUAUUGUAACAUUGAAAACCAAGGAGUAAAGGAAUUGACGGACGCAUUACGAACAAAUAAAUCACUUACAACGCUCUUUCUUUCUCAUAACAAAAUUGAUGCUGAAGGUGUGGAAUAUUUGAUUGAAGCAUUAGAAGACAAUAAAACACUUUUACAAAUUCGUGAUAUUUCUGCCAGCAACGAUAAUCAAAAUUUGGUUAGUGUUAAUGUGGCAAUUCAAAUGCGUAACAACAAAGCCCUCACUGCGCUAUAUCUAGCGAAUAAUUCUUUAGGAGAUGAAGGAACAAAAUUUCUAGCCGAUGCUUUACAAAAUCAUCCUAAACUCGAAAUAGUUGAUCUAGGAAAUAAUAAAAUCACAUUCAUUGGAGCAGACUGUAUGUUUAUAGCAUUGCAGAAUAACGCUACACUUACAACACUUAUUCUAAAAAAUAACUCGGGCAUAGAUUGUGAAGCUAUUUCUCAUGCGAUCAGUCUGAAGAAUAACCAGACACUAUCUGAAUUCAAAUUUUCUUGGGAAAAGGCAGGAGGCCCAGGUGCAAAAUAUAUAAGUGAUAUGAUCAAAAAUAACACGGUAAUCCUACGAUUCUUUGUCGAAUUAUAUGAUGCUAUUGUGUAUUUAUUCGAAUUAGGUCAUAAAAACAUUGAAAAUUUCGUACGAUCAGGUCGAACUUGGUGUAGUACAAUACUUCUUAGACGCACUGAAGUGUAA